GUUCUAUUCUGGUUUGGAGAUUUAAUGGCGCCACUGGUUCUUUUGAUCCUGCUGCUUCACUCAAGGGCCACACACGUGCAGUUGUUUCAUUAUGUGUUGGAAAGAACAGAAUUUAUUCGGGUUCCAUGGACAAUUCUAUAAAAGUAUGGAGCCUCGACAAUCUGCAGUGUAUACAAACACUCACAGAGCAUGAAUCUGUUGUCACGUCCCUCAUCUGCUGGGAUCAGUUUCUUCUGUCUUGUUCAUUGGACAACACAGUCAAGAUUUGGGUUGCUACCGAAGGUGGGAACUUGGAAGUGACAUACACUCACAAGGAAGAACAUGGUGUUGUAGCUCUAAGUGGCAUGCAUGAUGCAGAAGCCAAGCCGGUGUUGAUGUGCUCGUGCAACGACAAUUCGUUGCGCCUCUAUGACUUGCCAUCAUUUGCUGAGAGGGGCAAGAUUUUCGCAAAAGAAGAGAUAAGAUCGAUCGAGAUAGGUCCCGGAGGCUUAUUCUUCACCGGUGAUGGAAGUGGUCAAGUUAAGGUGUGGAAGUGGAACACCGAACCAGCUGCCGCUUCCUCCUCUUGA